AUGGAAACGCAAAAUAACAAAUCUCCGAGCGUCGGAACUGAAAACCACUCCGGAAUCAACGAUGUCUCGCAAGUGCAACGGCCCUCGACGCAUUCGGCACCAACCCCAGCAGCCAUCCCCGACGAUAACAACAGUGCCAACCCAACAGGCGAUGACCAUCAACCAACUGAACCACCAACCGACCCGAACGGCGAUGAUGAUGAGGAAUCCAGCGACAGAGAAGUGGCGUUUGCGGCGAUCGUGAGGCGAGCCGACAGGGAGACGACAACACCAGAAGGAGGGUUGGCCCUGGUGAUCGAGCGCAGUAAAGGACCACAUGGACGGAUGCCCAAUGGUGACCGAAGAAAGAGACCGGCCGCUGCCAGCGACCAUAACAAACUGUACACCAAUGUGAAGAAUCUGCUGGCCAAUAACAUCGAGCUGGCCCUUAAUCACCAAACUGACCGAAGAAGAACAAGAAAGCUGACAUAUGAGGAGCUUACAAAGAAGCCUAAGAAAGAGGUGAACUGGAAGGAGUCUAUAAAAAAAAAGAUCGAGAAGUUUAGUCAACAGCUGCAAUUUGUCACUAGUCACAAACAGAACGAGGCUGCCUCGAGAGCACUAAAGCGAAUCUGCAAAGCCACUCAGUACCACUCUAACAACGAGGACCAGUUGAAGAAGCUUCAGGACCAGAUUGAAGAAAAAAGGGCGGUGAUUACUUUCUGGAGAGGAAUCUGGGCGACCGAUGACGAAGAAGGGGAGUACCAGGAAACGAUUGACCUAUUGGACCCAGUAGAGCUUCAGACCAAAACUGAGGAGGAGAAAGUCAAGAAGGUCAUUGAGGAGAAGAUCAAGUUCCUACCCAACUGGAAGACACCGAGGCCCGACGUCAAAACAGUUGAUGACCCUGAACAAAUUGACGGGCGACUGUAUAUGGGCACGACGUACCUUAUCGUGAAGACGAAACGAGCAAGCAAGGGCAAAGAGUUACGUUCCAUAACUUGUCUCCCGAACAUCUACAAGCUGCUGAGCAAGGUUGUCACAGCCCUGGUGACGGACCUGUGCGAGGUGAAUGAGCUGAUCUCGGCCAACCAGAUGGGUACUCGAAGAGGCUGCCAAGGUGCCAAACAGCAAAUCCUCCUCAACAAAGUGCUCAACCAAAAGCACAACAACGGGCUGUUUACGUCCUGGAUUGAUAUCCAAAAAGCGUAUGACAGCGUCAAACACGACUACCUGGUAGCCGUACUGACGAAGUUGGGCAUGCCGGAGAACAUUAUCAAGUUCGUCAAGCGGACGCUUGCUUUCCAACGCACCAGCCUGGUUUGUCACCAGAGUGAUAUUGGCCAGGUGAGGAUCAACAAAGGACUCCUCCAGGGUGAUAGCCUUUCAUCGUUGCUUUUCGUUCUCGCGUUGGAACCCUUGAGCCGCCGACUUAACCAGAACUGCGAACAAUUGCAGAUGGGCAACAUCGAACUCAACCAUUUGAUUUUCAUCGAUGACAUCAAAUUAUUGGCUGACACAGAAGAGACACUAAUCAGGCUGUGUGGCCUAACAAAAAAAAAAAAAACGGUCUGUCAGAUGGGACUAAAGGUGAAUCUGCAGAAGUCGGCGAGUAACGUCGGGAACAAUGGAGUCUUCGGAGGGAUGGUGGACGACCACAGAGGUUACAAGUAUCUGGGCACCUUGAAAGACUCACGAAAUGUGGUGAAAGAUGAGAACAAGGCCAUCGUUACCAACAAGGCCACCGAACGAAUGAGAAUGCUUUGCAAGACAAAGCUCAAUGCUGCCAACCUGUCUCCUACCUUCCAAGCCGAAAGAAUACGAACGGUUGACAAGGAGGUCAGGAAGAUCCUGAACGAGUACAAGGUGACCAGGAAUGCGGCGAAUAUGUAUCGGUUAUACCUGAAGCGCGACCAACUGGGAAGAGGACUCGCUUGCGUGGAGGAGAAAGCUGACAUAAUGCUAUUCAAAAUGUUAAAAUCUUUUGAAAAGAAUCCGAAGACAAGACCGCUGAUGGACCAGGAGAAAGAGGGAAAAACCCAGCUUAGGCGAAUAUGUGAUUACCUGAAGGCAAAGUACCGACCUGAAGAGACCAAGUUGACAGAGAAAAAUAUCCAAAAAAACAGGAAGAAAGUCGAAUGA